CGUGCCAGACAGUGCGUGCGUGUGUGACGUGAGUUUUUCACGGUUUCGGGCCGUGUCCGGGUGUCCCGUCUAAUCGAUUGGUGGGGCUUGAGACAGUGAGGCGUUACGCGCGUUACGGUGUUAUUAUGCAGGAUUACCUGGGAUUAGGCGUGGAUUAAGCUCUGGCGGCCAGUCGACCGGCGGCGCUGAAAAGCCCUUCGAGGAGGAGGCUUUUGAAGGCGGUGGGGGUGAGAAAAACGUCGCGACGCGAGUCGGGAAAGUGUCUGACUCUGCAGGGAGUGAGUGAGACGGCUCCGAGUGAGAGAGAGAGAGUGAGAAGGGGAGAAAGUUUUGUGAAGGAUUUUGGGGGAAGUUUUUGUCGCGUGGAAUUUCGGAGUUGUGCUGGCAGACUUGAAAAACACAACGUUUGCUCGGGAUUGAACAUGAGACCUGUAACUAAGCCAAGAGGUCACGUUGACUGCACGUUAAACGAGUGUUGACAAGGUUCCAGCAAUGUGAUAGCGAAAAGGUGCGACCGGAAAGGUCUCGAAUUACCCUGGAAAGCGCCACGUUAAGCGCCAGAGUGAUUGAUGGAAAAUCAUAAAAAAGGAGUAUUCAGCCAAGUGUAAAUAUUGUGCAGCGUAGAAAUAAAAAAAAAAGAGGGAGAGUGUCGCAGACCGUCGUUAAAGCCGUGUAAUCUGCCAACCUCCGACAAACUGUCGUCACGUCGUACGCUACACACAUCUACUACUGCCGUAGAGCGUUGAUAAUAAUCUAUGGACGACCCCCCCGCCGCACCUUCUUCCAACCUCCGGGGCAGGUGGUUGCCCUCGGGCCUAGGAUGCUAGGGUCGUUUCAAAAGUGAGUCUCUCACAACUCGUGUGUGAAGCUAUUAGGCGGAAAAUUUGCCCACUUCCACCCCGAUUCCCCUCCGUCGAAUUUUCCUCACGUACAUAACCUAAAAGGAUCUCGCACACUCCCAAAAAAGCCAAGCGUGUCCCUGCGAUUGUGUUGGUGCAUAAAACGCUACCCUAGUGUUGAUGGUGGUGUUGGUGGUGGUGUAGCGCAGUACGGCAAUGUGUUUAUUUCAUCGUGAAAAUUUAGGCCCCAAAAAUGUGCAAAUGAAAAGAUAACAAACCUCGAAAGGUGGCCGUUACGUCGUUGCCGGAAUUGCCAAUUUUGCGCGUCGGAGGGAAAAAUCGGAAAAAAAGGAUAACACAUUACAGUGCCGCACACACGUAAAAUAAAUCCACGUGAGUUGGUGGCGGUGAAGGUCGGUCGGGGUUGGUGUCGUCUCAGGCACAGGCAGCGGCAGGUUAAGGAUAAAUGUCCCGCGGAGUUUGGAGGAGUGGGGAAGGACGACUCGUGCCACGUGAAAAGUAAUCUUUCCAGAAUUCUGAGGCUCGAAACGUCAUCGUGUGACCGAAUCCCGGCAGGUGCCCGAAUCUCACAGUUCUUUUUUCCCCGGAAUAGGAAUUGCUCUCGCCCGUGGAUUAGGUCACCGGGAAUUAGAUGGAAAAUUAUCACCCGUGUGUGCGAGGAGGAAAAAUUGUCGUGAGGGGGGGGAGGCGCCGGUCAAGCCGUUCAUCACACGUGGUGGUGCGUGACACGUGCCACGUGUGUCCCAGUGUGUUGAGGUGGGAAGGAAGAUGAAGAUUUAUGAUCGUUUUAUGCGAGGAAAAGUGAGUGCGGUGACGGUGCUGAACAGAUAAAUUAGGUGUUUUUUUUUCGUUGGUCGGGUCGAGUUCCGUCUAGUGGGGGAUAAGUUUUAUUCGGAGAAAAAUAGAAGGAAAAGUUUCCGAGGGGGGCGGGUCACGUGAAAUAUUACGGUGACAUCGGUGGGUAAUUAGUCGAGCAGAAGAAUCGGAUUAGUGCCAGCCAGUUUGAAGGGAGGGAUAAGUGUGUCAUAAAUCCGGCUGAGUUGGAAGUCGUGAUAGAAAAAUUCUUCUGGAUUAAGGCUUCGCCCGAGGAAGGAGAAAAAGAUACUACAAUUUGCAGCCUUUCACAAGUUUAUAAAUAAUCACACCCCGGCGGCGACGGCGUUCGGUGACAUCCCAGCUGGUCUAAGGAUAGUGACCAGAUUGUCCCGUUCCGGAGUAGCUGACCCUAGGACAAAAAAAAGAAGGAGUAGCGAAACCCGCCAGGAUGGGCUGCGGACAGAGCAAGAUUCAUCUCUACCCGAGGAAAAACAAGAGCAAAUCCAACGGCAAGAAGAGUGGACACAUAGAGGACGCCGACGCGGACGAGGAGGACGGACACAACGGGCGGGACGAGCGGGACCGGGAAAUCAACGGCGAGAAGGAAAAGCUCGACGAGGACGGGUCGCUGCGGGACGACGGCUCGCCGGAACCCCCCAACGGCGAAAUUGUGUCCAUUCUGCGGAAAAACGGCUCGCUGCUCCAAAGCCAGGAAAUCUCGUCGAGUCAGCAGAACUUUUUUCGCAUGUUGGAUCAGAAAAUCGAAGAGGGUCCGGACUACGACUCCAACAGUGAAACCGAGGUCGCGCUCGAGGAGGCCCGGAUGAACGCCCUCGUGCAACACUGGGAGUCCGCCAGCCUGACGACGUCAAUGUGUUCUUCCACCAGUCGGUCCCUGCAGGGCACGCCGGUGCGACAGGUGCCAAUGCGACAACCUCCGCUGAGGCCAGCAUUCCAGCAGCCGCUCAGUGCCGAGUUGCUGUCCCAGCAGCAGAUGCUCAAGCAGCAGCACCAACUGAUACUCCAACAACAGCUUCAGCAACAACAACAACAACAACAACAGCAACAGCAGCAGCAGCAAAUCAUCCACCAAAACUUCAACAUCAACAUGAACGUCAACAGUCCAAAGCGGGUCAUGGGCGGUGGCAACCCCAUCAACGUCGGCGGCAUUCCAGUCAGCAUGGACGGCCGACAGUUGCUGUCCCAGACAAUCAUCCACCAGAACUACGGCGUCCUCCAGCCGUCCCAGACGGCACCCCAGCUGCGUCCCAGCUCGGGCCGAACGUUGCCAACGCCGGUGCAGUGUUUGCAGAUGUCGUACUAUCAACAGCAGCAGCAACAGCAACAGCUUCAACAGCAGCAGAUUCAGGGCAUGGCCGGAGCGGCCCUGGUGGCCACCGGAGGAGGACCUUCGCUGGCCCAACAGCAGCAGUACCAACAGCAAUCGAUACCACCACAUUCGUACUACAAUGAUAUUCUGAGGCAUCCGUUGCAGCUCACAUCAGCACAGCUUGUAGCGCAACAGGUCCAGCAGCAGCAGCAACAGCAAUGUCCCCCAGGAAUCGCGUCCGUGUCCUCGUCGCUGGCCUCCCUCGGCGGUCCGUCGUCCUCGGUGGUAUCCGUUGGCAGCAGCGGGAGUCUGCUUGCCCAGUCCCAACAGCAGCAGCAGCUACCUGACCCGUCGACGGUGCCCCGGUUCCCACCGGCCAUCGCCGUCCAACGGUUGGCACCCCAGGUGCAGCGCCAACUCCGCGAAACGCAGGAACUGAUCAAGGACUCGUGCUCGCAGCUGUACGCCACCGGGUACGGCAGUCCGGGCCCACCGGGGGUUGGCCUGCCCGGUCCACCGAUGGCUCCUCUGAGGACAAAUCCGGCGGCGGCGGCCGCGGCCAGGGCAGCAGCUGCGGCAGCGGCAGCCGCCGGACGACGACCUCCGCCCGUUCCACCCACGCUGGAGACGCAGUAUUCGCAGGAACUUUCGUGAUAUCUAGACAAGUAGUGAAACUAUUAUUAUUAUACUUUACAUUUUAUCGCUGUAAUUAUGGACGAUUUUUUUUUCGGUUCAAGAUUAUCCGUUGUUCGAGUUUGGUUGCGAACAAUUUCGAUACACGAGGCAGGAUUUCCGCUGGGAAAAGGAUUAGCAAAGCUGUUGAAGUAGUUUAAUUUCCUCAGGAGGAAUGCACGUUCGCACUGGUAGGUGAUUCACUCGGUAUUUAUAGCGAAACAACAAUUACGGUUAAAAUAAUUGACGAGAUUAGCGAAUGUGAGAAAAAAAAAUGGUAAAUAUUUGCGUUUAGUUUUAAGGAUCUCUCAAGUCGAUGUUCGUACCUUUCCUUGGUGAUGGAAUUUCAAAAUUAAACAUUAAUAUUAAUUCAAAGACAAAAAAACAGCAAAACUGUGGGACAUUUCCAAUUCCAACAGUUGGCUUCCUUCUCGAAAAGAACAGUCCCUCCAGUACAAAAAAAAUGGCAAAAUCCCUAAAGCUAAAAAGUCCACCAAACCAAACCUCGUACUCUAUAAAUAAUUCAAAUUCGGUUUAGUUUCCGCCUCUCUCGUGUUCUCGUCGACCAACAAAUAAAUCUGCCGUGUAAUCGCCAUCCCGCCAACUGUCCCACCACGCUGCUGGUGAGAUGGUCAAAACCAAGAACCCCGGUGACCGUUGACCUGAAGCCACGUGAAACAGUGUAAUUAAUUCAAUCGCAGGCCAUCCUUUGCACUGGCCUGACCUACCAGGUGGGUUGCAUACUUUCGGGCUGCAUCCGGUGAAACCCAACCCAAUCCCACGUGGGGGUUUGGUGGUGGUGGUUGCCUACGGGCAGGCGCAAUUUUGCGUGGGAUCUUUUGAAUGAUAUUGCAGCAUGCAGGCGCGAUUCAACCUCAAAACUUGCAGUCAAAAGGCUGCUCGCUCAUAUUCUCUAUUUUGGUGAAAUUUUGGAUGAUUAUUAAACUACACGACUUGUCAUUUUUGAAGUAGAUGAUAGAUUUGAGCUCUUUGAACGUGCUCGAGUCGACAGAAUUGAAUUUGAUGGAAUUUCCAGCGAAAACAAUUCAAUUGUAAAUGCUAUGGAAUCCACUUGAGCAACCAUGCGCACUCAUUUUAAAAUGUGAGUGUAGCGAGAAAAGAGUUGCCAACAUAGCUUCAUAGCCGUAAUACCCUAAAUUAACAAUUUUAUCUUCAUUGGCAGAAAAUUAACUAAAAUUAAAUCUGUCCAUUUGGAGCAUGGACCCCAAAUCUAUCAUAUCUUGACAAAACAGAAGCGUUUUUUGACAACAAAUACAGAAAUGUCGAGUUAUGUUUUUAUUAAAGUUGUUGUUCUUGUAUUUUUUGUAACUUCAAAACAACUGUAAUUUUUCAUUAAUUUUUUUUUAAUUCAUACUCUAAAUUAUUAUCUAUCAAACACAACAAAGUUUGUCUAUUAUGCAAUCUGAUUGCAAAAUAGUGAUUGGUUUGAAAAUUUUGGAAAGAAAAAACAACAUCUUUUUUGGUUGUUAGGGGAUAUGAGACAAAAGGUCUGAAGACAUAAGGACGAAUAGACAAAAGUGAAAAAAAAUUAAAAAAGUUGUUAUUCAAAUAUAUUUAAAAAUUAUCAGAUUUUUUUUGGAAAAUGACAGAACUAAAAUAUGACUUGAAAAAUUCAAUGUUCUGUAAUAAUUUGUUCCGUUCUUUCAAACAUAAGCAGUUCCUUGAAAAGUUUUAUAGAAAAAAAAACUAAAUUGGAACUUAACUCAGAGAAUUUAAUCUUCUAUAAUACAGUCGACUCUCUGGCUGUCGAUCUUCUCGAUAUGAGUAUUGCUCCAUCUGUCAGUAAAUUUUUCAAUCCCUUCAAAAGCAUGCUUUGAUUUUUUCGUUCUAUACUUUGAUACCUCCCGCUCUUGACGGUCCCUUCAAUAUCGACACAGAGAGAAAGUUCAUUGUAAUUUAUUCUUGUUUCUGUAUUAUUUCUGUCAGAUUUUAAGAUUUUAAUUCAAGAUUUUUCAAGAUUUUUUUUAAUAUUGAAAGAACAACACAUAAUUUUAACAUUUGCAUGGAAAAAGUGUUUUUAAAU